AUGGCUGUUGAUGCUGGGCCGACCGAGGCUGUAACGUUAACCCGCAAGACGGAUACUUCAAGCAGUGGCCGUGAGGCGCAUCACUGUGACAAGAUCGAGCGAGGAUUUUUUCGCAGUACGCUCUUCCAGAUCCUCAUUGUAGGACUAUGCGCUUUCUGCGCGCCGGGAAUAUGGAGCGCCAUGGACGGAUUGGGGGUUGGCGGCAGCCAGUCUCCUAAUCUGGUCAACUCAGCAAAUGCGCUUCUGUAUGCCUUUAUGACUGUGACCUGUUUUGCAGGUCCAUGGGCCACGAACGCCAUUGGAUUCCGAGGCAGAUACAUCGCAACUUGGUUCACCUUUCGAAAUUUUGGCAAUAUUAUCAGAGGCGCCAUUUCUCUCGGUAUCAAUCACAGCGUAAAUAAACGCGGCAAGGUUGGCCGCAUCCACUGGAAAAUCGAGCUGCGUGCGAUGUGGAAGAAUCUUUCGAGCAAAUCCAUACUGCUUCUUAUACCACUGUUUUGGUACUUUGGAUGGAUCCAGGCUUACCCUGGAACCUAUUUGGCAACCUACUUUACAGUCCGGUCGCGCGCACUAGGGAGCUUCCUAUCGGCAGUCGUUGGCUCAUUGGCUACCUGGCUAGGAGGUUCUCUGGUCGAUAUCCCAUGGACGAAGAACAGAAAAGUCCGAGCCCUGACUGCAUGGUUUCUGAUUGCGCUACUCAACAGCGCAACUUGGAUAUGGGCUGUGAUUAUACAAAAUUAUUAUCGACACACCCACCCAGUUCUGGACUGGGCCCACCAGAAAGCGUUCGGCCAUGGCUUCGGGCUGUACCUUUUUGAGCGAAUCAGUUUAGGGCUGGUGGAAAAUUACAUCUAUUGGUGCAUCGGCAAUCUGUCGGACUCGCCCGGUGAGCAAAUUCGGUACAGCUCGCUCCUACGCGGCGUCGAGACAGCAGGUGUCGCGGUCGGCUUCGGAGUCCAGGCUGUUCCGACGACGUUGAUUGCCACAGCGAGCAUCAAUUUCGCACUGUGGUUUGUCGCGCUUCUUUUCAGUCUCUGGGCAACGUUGCAGGUAGUCCAGAAAUGGGAGAAGGAUGGGCAAAGACAAGGCGUCAGGCAAGAGGCAGCAGCGUAG